UUGGACCCCCAAGCUGAACGCUCCUGUAUAAUUAUUCUCCGCCCUGCAUGGACGACCUUUACAAUAAUGCCUGGGGCGACUCUUCAGAAUCUGCUGCGUCUUCUGCAGCCUGGACAUCAUCAGGAGCCACGUCCUCCACGCAACACGACAAGGCCAACCUGGCGAACCCUUCAUGGUCGACAGAUUCUGGAAUCAAAUGGGACCAGCCGCCGGACCACGUCUCAGGCUUCUCCUGGGCAACUGCCGAGCCUGAUCUCGCUUGGGGCUCUAACACAUACGAAGACAUUCCCCUUGAGAAGUCGGAGACUACAUCCACAGACGAGGAUGAUCCCACAACGCCUACUGUGGAAGCUGCCGACAUCGAGAAGCCAGAGCUGGCUCAGACGACGGAACCUCCUUCGGCUAACGGUACAGCCCCAGUAGGACUCGGUUUGGGUCUACCAGUCAGCGCCAAGCAGGAAUCCCCAACUGCCAGCCCGCUAGACCAGGAUGGAUUUGGCACGUUUGAAGACGCAACUACAGUGGAGGAAUCCAAACCUAGGCUGACGUCGGACCUGCAGGACGACACGUGGAGUUCGCCUUGGGUAUCUGGCCCAGUAGAGGACGAAGAGGACGAAACGAAGCCUGUGGAUGAAUGGGAAGUUGCGCGAAAGCAUAAAGAGCAGCUGGACAGGAAAGUGCCGCCAGAACUGCUGGCCAGCAUCAUCAGCCAGUGUGAAGAGUACUUCCAAGGCGUGGCUAAACCUAAAGGGCCCGAGAAGUCUGGGAGCAAGGAAGAACCAUGGAUGGCAGAUUGGCGCAGCGGGAUUGAAGGCAUAGGGGGCCUUGAGGCUUCUAUACAAACACUCGUCCCCGAAUUAACGCUUCAGCCCGCUGCCCAGUUUACCAAGACGGCUGUCGCCAAGAACGUGGCUGGGUGUGUUCGCCUGACGAAGAACUUGCCGUUGUCGAAUACCAGUCCUAUGUCGCACUACCUUGCGGCCAAAGGGUCAACUGCGUGGGAAGCAGCAAUGAAGCAGCGAAAGGAGGUUUCGGAGGAUGAUGCCAUCCCGGUUGGAUGGCGUAUUGUGGAGAAACAGCAUACCGGAGCUACAGAGCAUGAGUCGCCUACUGACUCAAAGGCUUCCGGAGGUUUGUUCUCUUUCUGGUCCAGGAGGCAGUCCAAGCCGCCUGCACCCGUCGCCGCGGCUACUACUCCGAAAGGGUCCUCGCCCACGCGUCCAUCGACAUCCAGCCAGCCGGAUGCUCAUCCCAGAGAGAGCGGUGGCCAGUCCGCUCGAUCGAGUGCUGACGUCGUACGUACCCCGUCGCUGUCGGACCGACUGCCGAGUCCCAUAUCGGAGGCUGCCCCGCGGAAAAAUUCACUGGAUAUGAUAGCCUCCGCAUCCACUGCUCCAUCUAAGAAUUAUGCCGACGCGCCUGAGCCCCAGGUGGAUCUACAACCCGCACAAGCGUCCCCGUCGGCUGUCACGAGGUUCCUCAACCGCUUCUCUCGCAGGCGAUCCGCUAGCCCGAGAAACUCGCUUGCACUAUCCACCGACGACUUGGAAUUUCUCUCGGACAUCGUCCCGAACGUUCCUGAUAACCAUGGCGACGAUGACGACCAGUCUAAGGGUCUCAACGACAUCCUGAAGCCAGAACCUCUACCGCCAGCUCUUCCGCCGCCGCCGCUAGCACCUCCGCCUCGACCAGCCACUACAAUAAAUACUCGCAGUCAGCACGCGAAUACCGCGCACACAAGGCCGGCUUCAUUGCUGGGAUCGACGGACAAGUUAGCGUCACCGUCUCAGAGCCAAACGCCGCAAAGCGAUUUGGACGACAUUUUUGGAGCGUUCGAAGCAAGCCCUCCUUCGACAAGCGCCCCAAGCGCAGUACCCGCACCUGCGGCGUCGGUGCCCGUUGUGGGAUCCAGUGGUCGUGUGCCCUCAAGGUCACAGAGUCCGCUUGUUCUCGCUCCUCAGUCCAGGACAUCAAGUCCGUCGCCAUUGUCAUUCUCAAAUACAUUCGUCUCUACGCAUACCGAGCCACAGCUUGCCAUCAAUCCGCCUCCACUCUCCUCUGUCAUCCCAGUUCCGUCUUUACAACGUUCAUCGACGAGCUCUCCCGAGACCUCUAUGUCACACAGGCCUUCCUUGAAGCCGAAGGUGCAGCUGUCCUUCAAGCUACCUCCCCCGCCAGUCAACAUUGCGCCUGCGCUACUAUCUGCUAGCGAGGUUCCUCUCGCUCAGCUGUACCCUCAGGCUGCAGCCCGUCAACAGGCUCAGCAGGUGGCUACGGAGUCAAGCUCCCGGCCUACGCCGCAACCUACUCAGCCCUCACGCUCGCACACGCCUGUCAUGGUUCAAGCACCGCUGAACUCAGCCACCGUCAGUGCGCCUCUUCUGGCGCCCCCACCAGGGUCUUCUCGCCCGUCUGCUACCGCGGUGACGACCUUACUGGGAGACGACGACGAUUUCGACGAUUUCCAGUCAUCUGCGCCUGCUGUGGACGGAAUGGGGUCCGCCUUCUUUCUUCCGCCUCCGCCAUCGGCGACGACAAAGCCUGGCGCCCUGGCGCCCCUGUUGCCCCUGCCAUCCAGCUUUGCGUCGACUAUGCAUCCGUCUCCUUCAACGCCCCAACCCUUAUCUUCAGAUCCACUCAACGACGACUUUGCAGGAAUGCUAUCAUCCUCCACUAGCCUAGGCUCGCACCACAGCCGCAUGUCAGGGUUCAACAGUGCCUCCCAAUCCGGCCAGUCACUACUCGCCACGCCGCAGAAGAUAAAGCCCCUCGAUUUUGACGACGUCAGCCCCGUGUCGACGGCUCUCCGCACUCCUUCGCCUCCCCACCCGAUAUCGAAAUCGCCGAGGCAGUCUAAUACUCUCGAGCCGCUGCCGAUACCCGUACCCCCGUCCACCCUCUCAUCCCAAGAAAAGCAGGCGCGUGUGAACCAGCACAUGCGGACGCUGAGUCUCGUGGAACGCGCGGCGGCGCAUCCUGGGCAGUGGCCUGCGCCGCCGUCACCGCUCCCGCAGGCGCUAUCGUUCAGUGUGCUUGGCGAGAAGCCGAAAAACACGGUCGACCUCCUGGGCGACAAUGAAUCACUCGGAGCGUUCGAGUCGGAGGGCUUGAAGCCGCUGCGCUCGGCACCAGCUCUGGCCACGCUUGGGAGCACCGCGGAGACGCGGACGGCACAGCCGGCGUGGGGUGGGCUCGCGCCACCAAGAGUACAGCAGGCCGUGAAACCGAGUGCACCGAGCACAGGUCAGAAGUCUUCUGGUGGAUUGUCUGCGCAGGAUUUGUCGUUCUUUGAAGGAUUGUAACGAGACAUAAUAGGCCAACAAGCUCUAUUUUAAUCCAUGGUGUGCAGCAACCUAUUAUCCCUUCUAUGAAUUUUCCGGACCUGUUCAGCACGCAUUCACAUGUACUGUACCCAUACUUGGCAAGCGUGCGCGCGGUUGUCUUUCCUGAGUCUAAGUGAAACACAAAUGACAUCAAUUCAGUGACAGAAGAUCCUCGUAUGUCACAUUCGACGGUCCCCUGACAUUCCUACAUUUGUCCGUGACAAAGCCUGUUGCCUAUUACAGGGAAUUGUUGCAACUCUCCGCCAAAAGGCGGACAAGCCUCUCCGGCUCAUCCCAUUGAACCUACACAGUGAUCAGCAAACCUUGUGAUGAGAACUCGACCGAGCAGAGAGGGCUUACAAAGUGAUUUGCUCCCUUCAGCCUCAGGAAAGUAGCCUUUCGCUUCUUCUUAUCUGGAUCGGCCGCCUCUCCAAUUAACUCCUCAGCCACUUUAGCUCCCCACAUCGACGCCCACGGAGCCUGCGCGGCAGCAAGAUAGAGGAUGUCGACGUCGGGCAGAACUGCACCUGCAUCAGAGAAUGCACAGUGUGCAUGCUUACGGCGGAUCUCUUCGUCUGUGGCUACUAUCAAGCCGGUCAGGUGUACACAAUCCCCAAGUUCAACGAUACGUUGGUAAUCUUCCGGAGACAGGGUGCGGAGUGUCGGUGUGCGUGGAAGGACGGUGUAGUAUUUGUGCAGUGAUUCAGCAGUGAUGGGGACACCGUCUGGUGGCGAGGUGUGAUAUGCAGACAGCCAGUCGAUGAACUCAUCCGGCUUCCGUUCAUCUGGGAUUGUGGGAUCACUUAAGGGCAUGCUAAGGCCUAUGUCAGGAAAUACACCAAAUACAGCCGUCGUUGAGUCUGUGGGAAAAG